UUUUAAAAUCUCGCAUCCAAACGGGCCCUAGGGUUCCUCGUCUCUUAUAUGAGCGCCGCUUCGUAUAAACGAGCCGUUCCUCUAGGCUGAGCCUCUACCUGCUCGUCUUCUUGUCUCGGUAAAAGCUUCUUCAUUAGAAAUGGUUACUUUCAGGUUCCACCAGUACCAGGUGGUAGGGAGAGCUCUACCAACAGAGAAUGAUGACCAUCCAAAGAUUUACCGUAUGAAACUCUGGAGCACCAAUGAAGUUCGUGCCAAAUCGAAGUUCUGGUAUUUCUUGAGGAAACUGAAGAAGGUUAAAAGGAGCAAUGGGCAAGUUUUAGCUAUCAAUGAGAUUUUUGAGAAGAGUCCUACCAAGAUUAAGAACUAUGGUAUCUGGUUGAGAUACCAAAGCAGAACUGGGUAUCAUAACAUGUACAAGGAAUACAGAGACACUACUCUUAAUGGUGCUGUGGAACAGAUGUACACUGAGAUGGCUUCUCGUCACCGAGUAAGGUUCUCAUGCAUUCAGAUCAUCAAAACAGCCACCAUACCAGCUAAGCUUUGCAAGAGGGAGAGCACUAAGCAGUUCCACAACUCUAAAAUUAAGUUCCCACUGGUGUUUAAGAAGGUUAGGCCACCCAGUAGGAAACUUAAGACCACAUAUAAGGCUUCAAGGCCCAACUUGUUUAUGUAAUUCUCUCAUGUUAUCUGAGUUUUUCUUUAUUGUUUGAGGUUCAGUUUUAGGUGAGAUGUAGGUUCUCAGACAAUAAAAAUCUGAAGUCUGUUUGAGUUUUAUGGGUUAAUACUUGGAGCAGUUUAGUUAAAUUUUCCAGUGAACAUUUCUACAGAUAUUGUUACAGGAUCUUCAGUUUUUGGUGAUAAAUUGUAGUGGUUAUGAUGGCUUAGGUUA